AUAGAGGGGAUCGCGACUAUCUUCGCUCGAUACCUAACUUUACGUACGAUCGUUCGGCGCGAAAAUGUGCACGUGUGACGUGUAAAUUACUAAUUUACCGACAAUUUUUUGCAGUGAUUCUUUAAUUAAUAUAAACGCAGUCAACAUGAUUAAAGAUUAUCUGUUACAACACCACACGAAAGAGCUGGAGGACAUAUUAAAUGCUACAGACGAGCACUCGGUCUACUCAAUAUAUGUAAACUUUGUGUCGUUGUUCGAAGAUGAUGGAGAGAAAGCACAAAGAAUCUUACGUCAUCCUUCAGGUUGUUUACCACAGUGUGACGAGGCAGCUGUGCAGGUUCAGGAACAGCUUUGCAAGGCAGAGCAAAUAGUAAAAACUAGAGUUCAUAUUAGAAUUACUGCGGUACCAAUAAAACUGGACAUGGGCGAAAUCGGUGAACUAGUUACAACAUCUGGAAUUGUGGUGCGCAUGUCUCAGCCUACUGUUAUGAAAUUAAAGAAACGUUUCACUUGCAGGAAGUGCAAAGGUACCAACAUAGUCAAAUUAGAGUGGGAAAGACGGCGCUUUAGGAACAUUAAAGUGUGCGAGUUAUGCAAUUCGCAUAAUACAGUAACAGCUGUAACUUCUUUGGAACAAGGCGAUUGCUCAGACUACCAAGAAAUAAAGAUUCAUGGCAGAUGUAAAAUAGAUACAAAGAGCUGCUAUGAAGUGGGCCUGCAAAUAGUUUUUCUGGACGAUCUUGUUGACAAAUGUAGACCUGGAGACCAUGUCGAUAUCAGCGGAGUAGUUAUACGAAAGUGGGAUAAACUAGAGGUUGGCUGUCGCUUGGAGACUACAAGGUUCCUGAUGGCAAACAAUGUCUCCGUGCGCAGGAAAAUCUCAGAAGCAACAUUCUUUACCACAGAAAUAAAGGAUACUUUCACAGCAUAUUGGGAACAUCAUCGAGAUAACGCAUUAGCUGGAAGAAAUAAUAUUCUCGCCUCUAUUUGCCCCCAACUGUAUGGAAUGUACACUGCAAAAUUAGCACUGGCCGUUGUCAUGUGCGGCGGUGUGGCCAAAACCAGCGAAACGGGAACACGCAUAAGAGGUGAACCUCACCUCCUUCUGAUCGGCGAUCCCGGUACUGGCAAAUCGCAGUUACUUCGCGCUGCAUCUCGAUUAACUACACGGUCCAUCUUUACAACCGGAAUUGGCACUACUGCAGCUGGUCUGACAGCAGCUGCCGCUAAAGACUCGGACGGCUGGCAUCUAGAGGCUGGCGCGUUGGUGCUCGCGGAUGGUGGUGUCUGUUGCGUGGACGAAUUCACGACAAUGAGUUCGCACGAUAGGACCUCCGUGCACGAAGCAAUGGAGCAACAAACAAUCUCGAUAGCUAAAGCCGGCAUGGUGAGCACAUUGAACAGCCGUUGCUCCGUCAUCGCGGCCACCAAUCCAGACGGUGGGUGUUUCACGGGUGAAGAGUGGAAAACGUGCCUGGGAAACCCUCUCUUGUCACGUUUCGACCUGAUCCUCCUGCUAAGGGACGCUAGAAAUCCCGAAUGGGAUAGAAUGACGUCGGGGCAUAUCUUGAAGGCUGCUUACGAGGAAGAGGAGAACAAUUCGUAUUCCGAGACGUACAUGGGUCCUUCGAACUUGGCGGGGUUGUGGCGAGAGGAAACUCUCGGCGAAUAUUUCGCGCAUGUGCGCACGUUGAAACCAGUGCUAACCGAAAGUGCACAAAAGAUACUGAGUGCAACUUAUCUCUACCACAGAUCAGAUCCAUACAGGCGGCCUGAAAGAACAACGGUGCGACUCUUAGAUAGUCUUAUCAGAUUAGCGGAAGGCCACGCGAAACUCAUGUAUCGAACUAAGGUGGAAAUUAUUGACGCUGUGACCGCGGCAGAACUAAUCGGAACUACUUUGUUAAAUAGUUCCGAUGCUGGAUGUCCAUUUCCGACAGAUCCAAUUGCAACAUAUCAGGCCAAAGCAAAAGAUUUACUCACGAAGCUUAAUUUGCAAAAUUUAGAGUCAUGUAUAUAAAUAUUGCUCUGCAAAAUGUAUUGUAGCUGUGAUAAAGUUAACUUAUUUAAUUAGUGCGUUAUUUUUAUAUUAAAUUUUAAAUUAUGCUGUUGAGUUAAGCAGGACAAUUUUUUGUAAAAUUCAUGCCGCUAUGGAAAUUCGUGUCUGAUAUCUAAAAUUAUGUAUUUUUUUAUGAUUCUUUUAAGAAUAUCAAUUGUAUAUUCAUAUAACAUUUAUUCUCAUCAUAAUGCGUGGAAAAAUAUACAAAUAAAUCUUAGUAUAUCUUAGUUCCAACAAAUAACAACCGCAUUGUUUUAACGCUCCGAUUGGAAAAAUGAUAUAAAUAAGUUCUUACGGUUCAUCACAAAUAUUGUUUAAUAUAUUUGUAUAAAUUAUAAAAUAAUUUGAUUACAAAUUCAUAAAAUUUCCAGUAAAAUGUAACUUUUUUUUGUUCAUUAACAGUAUUUUCUAAUUAGCAUUUUAACAGAAACUAGGCUCGUUUAAUAUGAAACACAACAAUCAUAAUAAAAACAUGAUAUACCAUAUACAAGUAGGAAUGUACAGGAUUUUACACAGGAGUUUACAUAAAGAGACUACUUGCAAAAUCUGUGGGUAAAUUAGUGUUUAUGUUAACGUUCAAGAAAUACGAAUCAAAUUAUGUAUACGUCAAAAAUCUUGCAGUUAUUCGGACUUGGAAAAGAAUUAAUUAUCAUACGAUACUCCUAUAACUUAGAAAUGAUCACAUUGUCAUGAGACUGUGCCACUAA